GAGAGAGAGAGAGAGUGAGCGAGAGAGAGCAAGCAUUAUCAGAGAGGGAGAGAGCGUUUUACCACUGUUGAGUGUCGGCAGUGUCACUGCUCCUUUGAGCUUCUGGCAGUAGAGGCACCUCCACUCGCCCGCUCCACACAUGCGACGGUAACCUCCUCCACUUCAGCCCAAACUCCACUUCAGCGGACUACUUCAACAGGACGGCUGCUUAUCUGCCUUUUCUCUGGUGGUUUCAAGAGCUUUUCAAAAAAGUUCAAAUGUUUUCACCCCCAUCUCUCACGGACCAGUUUUAAAAGGGACUUUUUUCCCUCCUACAUCUGCGGUUCAGAUGUGUGGAACAUGACAGAUAUGUUUGCUUCAAACUCUACAGGACACAGAAUGUGCACGACUUUCGGGAUGCCUGCAGGAGAGCUGAAACAGAAUUGAUGCUGUUGUUCAAGAUUUGGAGAUACGGCGGUAUAAAAUGCAAGAUUAAACCAAACAUCGUCAUCUCAGCACCUAGCUAUGUCUCUUUGCUGCUGCUUGUUUCUGAGAUUCAGUUUGAAAAAUUGCAUGCCUUGAUCUCUGAAUACAUGAAACAUGAACACUAGCAAUGCAACAUCCAAUGCGCCGUGGACUGAUGGGCUGAAUUCGUUCGUUCUGUUCGUCAUGGUGAUCAUCAUAACCAUUAUCGUCGUAGGUAACCUUCUGGUCAUUAUCGCCAUCGCACGCACCUCCCAGCUGCAGACCACGACGAAUAUCUUCAUCAUGUCGCUGGCGUGUGCUGACCUCAUAAUGGGGAUGCUGGUGGUGCCUCCGGGCGCCACGAUCGUCGUAACGGGGAACUGGCAACUCAGUAAGACUUUGUGCGAGUUAUGGACAUCUGUCGAUGUGUUAUGUGUCACCGCCAGCAUAGAGACCCUUUGCAUCAUUGCAGUGGAUCGGUAUAUCGCAAUCACACGGCCUCUGCGGUAUAAACAACUUCUAAAUAAGUGCAGGGCUCGAAUUAUCGUUUGCGUCAUUUGGCUGGUCUCCGCUCUAAUCUCCUUCGUCCCCAUCAUGAACCAACUCUAUCGUGCGGAUGACAAAAAAGCGCAAAGAUGUUACGAUGACCCCAAAUGCUGUGAUUUAGAAAUAAACAAGUACUUUGCAAUCAUUUCGUCAGUGGUUUCGUUCUACAUCCCACUGCUCAUUAUGAUUUUCGUCUACGCACGCGUCUUUCUCAUCGCCACACGGCAGGUACAGCUCAUAGACAGAAACCGCUUGAGGUUCCAAAACGAGUGCAUGGGGAAUCAGGUGCAGCCAUCGCUCCACGGCAACAACAACUUGCCAUCGACAUGCAAUAACGUUGGAGGAACGACGGCGAAGCGGAAAAGUUCCCGAAGACGGCCGUCGAGAUUGACUGUCAUCAAGGAGCACAAGGCCCUCAAGACGCUAGGCAUCAUCAUGGGCGUCUUCACGCUCUGCUGGCUGCCGUUCUUCGUGGCGAACAUCAUCAAUGGCUUCGAACGAAAACUGCUGGACCAGCACAUCUUUCGAUUCUUAAACUGGUUAGGCUACAUCAACUCCGGCCUCAACCCUAUCAUCUACUGCCGAAGCCCAGAGUUUCGUGCGGCCUUCAAGAACCUUCUUGGCUGUCCCUGGUUUCCCUUUCUGAAAAUUAACUUUCUUUACAAGGGACUUCGGACUCGGUGUCCCUGCUUCCUCGGGUCUCCAGAGCCAGGAAUACCUGGAUCGUUCCCCACAUUGCAAGAAACGCUGCCUGAGGAAGGGAGCAGCCAGAGCAGCUACAGGAGCGAGGAGCCGUCGCCAGGACCGCCGCACUCCAACGGCAGCACCUUCUUCAGCGAAUUCUCCGAAGCCGAGGCAGAGUUCUGUAAUCUACAGGGGCAGGAUGGCUGAAAGUCUGUAGGCAUGGCUGAAAGAAAAGGACGUUGAGGAAGAAGCAGGCAAAAGGACUGACCUACGUCACAGUUGGCUGGACUUCCCCAGCAGAGACCACAAGGGCCCAGCAAAACAUCCAUGAAGCCAUCAGGGGAACCAGCUCCAAAACUGAAAGACAAAAGAGUGAAACGAUAUAACCACAGAGAGACAAGCGCUGAGAGAAAUUACUCACAAACAGCCCAUCUAUGGAGAGAACGACUGAACUGGUACUGCUCAUGGAGGAGGGUAACGUGGAGAGAUCCGAAAGCGCUUACGCUCUAUCAAGCCGCGGAGUUCUGGCGUGAUCCGCCACAGCCCGGUUUGGUCCGGUUUGUUUGGCAAAAAAAAAAAAUGAAUUAGACCUGUAGGUCCUCCAACAUGUGUUUCAGUGCUAUGUUCUGAGUAUGGACUUUUUUAAAAUACAUGGACACAGUAACUCUGAAUAGACUCUUUAAGCACAGUGUGUUUUUUAAAUAUAAAAGAAAAUAGAUUUUGUACAAUAUCCUAUACUAAAUUAUUAUUAUUUAUUCUACUCCCCACAUUUUAGCUGUGAAUGUGUAAAAUGCUUGCAUACCCGUGUUGUACAGGUAAACACUUUCAGCAGUCCACUGAUUUUUUUUUUUUUUUUUUUCCCAGUCCAGCCAACUCAGUAUAAGCUACAAGAUUUCCCGCUCUAAAACCCGUCUCCACUCUUGAGAGCGUUUGGACGGCUUCACCGAUUUGAAUGGGAGCAUUCGAAUUUGGUUGCUGUGCAAUUGAGUGUAAAUUGUGUAAAAUUGAAAACAGACAAUGAGAGGAAGGCCAAUUCUUCGCUCACUCAAAAAAGGGAUGCACUGAUACGAAACAUUUUGGGCGAUACUAAUAAACCAAUAGUUAUUUUCAUGGUACAGCUGAUGAUUAUUGAAUAGCUGAUGUUGAAAUUCCACACUAUUUUGUUUUAAAAAAAAUACAUUUGCUAAAGAUUACAAUUACUCUUAUUAAUUAUCAUUUAAUUUUCUUUCAGUUAAAUAAAUAAAUAAAACGUUUAGAUUGCAAAUAACAGUGAUUGUGUAAUCUUGAAGAUAAACUAAUCAAGUAUACACAAUUACACUGAAAUAGAAAAAAAAUGGUGUAGAAUCAAUUUUCACUCAGAAAUUGCUAGUUAAUUUCACAGAUAAUUAUAAAAAAAAGAGCAAGUUAUGGAAGCAUUUCUGCCACUGAUUAAAAAAAUAAAAAGGUAAUUGCUACUUUUUAUCUCGCAAUUAAAAAAAAAGUCACAUCUUUUUUUUAUUUUCUUACAUUUUUAAACUUUUCUCAGAAUUGCAUGUUAGAAUAGUUAGAAUAAAGAGAAAUAGUCAGAAUUGCGAGAUAUUAGAUUACAUCUCACAAUUCUGACAUUUUUCUCAGAUUUGCAAGUUUUCAUUUUGCAAUUGUGCCUUUUUUCUCAGAAUUAUGAGUUUAUAUCUCACAAUUUAUCUUGCAAUUCUGAUUUUCUUUCUCGCAAUUGUGAGUUAUAUAUAUAAUGUAAUUCUGAGACAAAGUAGUAAGAAUUGCGCGUUUAUAUCUCACAAUUCUGAGAAAAUAUCAGAAUUGCGAGAAAAAAAGUCAGAAUUAUGAUAAAAGAAUUGCGAGAAAAAAAAAGUCAGAUUUCUGAGAUAUAAACGCGUUAUUAUGAGAAAAACAGUCAGAAAAGUGAGAUAGAAACCCACAUUUGCGGAAAAAGAGAAUUGCAAUUUUUAACUCGCAAUUCUGACUUUAUUUCUCGCAGUUGUGAGUUGAUAUUACGCAAUUCUGGGACAAAAAGUCAGAAUUGCGAGUUUAUAUCUCACAAUUUUGAGAAAAAUAGUCAAAUUUGGCAGUUUAUAUCUCAUAAUUCUGAAAAAAAAGCCAGAAUCACAAGAUAUAAACUCACUACUGCGAGAAAAAAGUAAGAAUUGCGAGACUAACUUGCAUUUGCAAGAAAAAUCUUGUAAUUCUGCCUUAAUUUCUCACAAUUGUGAGUUUAUCACGCAAUUCUGAGAAAAAAGUCGGAAUUGCAAGGGAAAAAAAGCCAGAAUUGCGAGAUACAAACUUGCAUUUGCGAGAUAGUCAGAAUUGCGAGAUUGUAUAACGCGAUUCUGAGAAAAAAACUCAGAAUUGUGAGAUAAAAACUCAGAAAUGCGAGACAAACUUCCAUUAUAUAUCAUAAUUCUGAGAAAAAAAGUCAGAAUGGCGAGAAAAGUCAGAAUUGCAAGAUAUAAACUCACUAUUGCGAGAAUAAAAAGUCAGAAAUGCGAAAUAUAAAUAUCUAAUAUUAUCCAAUAACUAAUAUACUGUAUCAUGCAUCCCUAUUCAAAAAUCAUGUUUUAUUUGAUUUAUCUGUUUCGCUGGCUCAUGUUCAAUGCUGCUAUUUUUUUCUUAAUUUUUUUUUUUAAUUGUAAAAAAAAGUGCAUUACACUCCAACCAUUGCAAUGUACAGGACUCUACGCACAAUAUUGCUUUUAUUAUAGGCCUACGACAUAAGCAAGCACCUGAACCUCAUAUUGUAGAAUAUAUUUUUGACAUUGUGGGCCGAGAGGGAACACAUCCACCGAUUUGUUGUUAUUAUACAACUUCCUAUGCUUAAUGUGAUAUUUGCCAAAAAAAUGUAGUUUUUGAAUUUUUCCUGUUUGCACUGAUCACAAUGCCAUCUCAUACCAAGUUGAAACAGACCACUUCCUCUUUCACCGAAUUUCCUCUGUAACGGCUUGUAUUGCAGUCUAUCGAAAUAGCAAGGAUUGGACAGUUGUGGCAACUUUAGCACUAUAAUAUUCGAUGAUGGAGUUCGGAUGUUAUGCUAAGAGGACAUAUGAGAAGAGGAUUUUAGGUACAUUUGUUUUUCAGGUUUUUGAUCAGGUACAGUGGUAGAUAUAAAUGUAUUAUUUAAGUGAGAUUGCAAAGGGAAACCAAAAAAAUGAAAUGUCAGAUGAAUACUGAUUGAUAUGAAAUACAUUUUAAACCAUCAAAUCUUUAAGAAUUCAGUCUACCUUUCAAGCUCUGUACAUAAAACCCUCCUAAAUGUAUGUAAUUCUAUGUAUGUGGGGCAAAAGAAUGUUUGAGCCGACAAAAAUGCUCAAAACUAUGAAAUAAAAGAAAAGUCUCUUAAAGAUA